AAUUAUUUUAAAAAUAAAAUUAUUAUGCUCCCAUUCCUUCUUUGGCUAUUUAUUUUCUCAUUUAUCAUUUGCUUUUGGAAUUUUGUUUGGAAACGUCUUUCGCUUCCGCCCGGCCCUCUACCCUUACCUCUUCUUGGAAAUACUUUAACACUUGCACAUUAUGCUCCUGGUUAUGAAGCUUAUAAAAUUUGGGCAAAUAAAUAUGGCCCAGUCUAUACUUUGUGGUUGGGAGAAGAUCCAAUAGUUGUUAUUUCUGAUUUUGAGUGUAUGCGUGAUACGUUUGUUAAAGCGGGAGAGGCUUGUUCUGGCAGGCAUUUAAUGACUGCAAUUAAUAGUGUUUUGACGGCAACAAACGGUAAUUAUGGAGUUAUCCGAACAGAAGGUGAUCGUUGGCGAAUAAUGCGUCGAUUUACACUUCAGGCAAUGCGCGAUUUGGGGAUGGGAAGAAGCAAUUUGGAGCAAAAAGUAAAUUUAAUUUUUAAAGUUUACUAA